GGACUUCUCAGAGAAGCACAGAGGCGAUUGCAGGAGACACUGCCUUGCUCACAUCCAAGGGCCAGUAGCAUCAUGCACCCUUGGGUAGCCAUCCUGGGCCUCCUACUCCUGACAGAUGGUGUAACCUCUUACCAUCGGGUGACUGGUGUAGCGGGUCAGUCUGUCAGGCUACCCUGCUCCUAUACUGGAGAAACCACAACUGCAUGCUGGGGCCGAGGGGCGUGUUCUUUGCUGGGCUGUGGAAGUAACAUUAUCUGGACUGAUGGAUACAAAGUCAUUGUUCGGAAGGACAGACGUUAUCAGCUUAAAGGAAAUAUCGGUGAAAGGGAUUUGUCUUUUACCAUAGAGAACACUGUCCCAUCUGACAGUGGCUUGUAUUGCUGCCGUAUUGAGAAAAGAGGGUGGUUCAAUGAUAUAAAAAUCAUUCAAGAGUUGAGUAUAAGGCCAGAGAAACAGGAGGUUCUUAUAGUUUUGUUCUCUAAUAACUCUUAA